UUGUGGCUACAGAGCAUACUGACGAUCACACACGCGCAGAUCGAAGUCACUCCAGUGGAUCUGAGCGAUCUGACAGCUCGCGCUGCGCUCGUGCGCGGUCCUCGCGCGCACCUUGAUUGUUGUCAGUGAGGGUUCGUCCCCGACAUUCGGGGCUUUCUUUCUUUGCACCAGCAAACUUUUCCCUCAGCUGUGCGCGCGCGUGAUGUCACUGGUCGGUGUUUCUCGGUCUCGUCUGCCUAAUAGUCUGACCCCCCGGCGCGCCGCUUAAAGGGAAGACAAGAGCGCUGAGUCAACGGAUCGCGGGGGCAGCCGGAUGCAACAGUUGAUGUGUGGUAGUAGUCGGGGACCUGCUCUCGGAGGAGGAUGGUGCUUCUCACGCGCUCGGAUUCCCUCCCGCUCUUCUAAGUUUUAAUAAAUAAACGACAAGAUCUGCUUUUGUCGGGAUCCAGCGCGCGCGUGCAGCCCGCGCCGCCAUGGACUGAAACGCUCCGCUGGGCGAUGGAGUCGAACCCUUGACUGGUGAGCAGUCGUGCGCCAACAUGCAUAGGAUUUUGCAGCGGAGGCGAGUGCGCAAGCUGCGCGUCGUCUGGGCGUCCCUGGCUGUGGUGGCCGUGUCCCUGGCGGCGUGCAGCGCGCUGUUCACGGCGUGGACCUGGCGGCAGACGCGGGACCUGUCCCAGUCCUUCCAGAUCCUGCAGGAUCGCCUCGAGCAGGUCAAUACGCAAAGGAAGGCCAUCAUUCAGCUCAUUCUGGAGAAAAGGGAGCUGCUGCUGGACCGAGUAAAGAGAGAUGGUGAAACAGCACGAGGGAGACAUGGAAGUGGAAGGAAAGCAGCGUCUCAGUUUGAGAUAACCAAAGUUUCUUCUCAGCAAGUGGGAGAAGGUGGAGUGAUAAAGGGCUGGGAGGAGAGGACUCUGAAUAUGAGCAAAGCAGUGAGGUACAGCAAAGAGCAAGGCACCUUCAUUGUGGAGAGAGCAGGUGUCUAUUUCCUGUACUGCCAGGUUUUGUUCAACGAGCGACAGUCUCAGUACGUUAAGCUCGACGUAGUGACCAAUGGCCUCAGGCCACAGAAGCUUCAGUGUAUGGAGGGCUACGGGACGACCCCCUCCGCCGGUCCGCACUCCUUCCACUUUGUGAAACCCUGCCAGGUGUCUGGGCUGCUGCGACUGGACAAAGGCACGGAGCUGCGUGCUGUGACCGGCCCCUCCUUCAGUCUUCACUCUGCAGCCAAUCAUGUCUUCAGCAUCUUCAAAGUCAACUGAACCUCAGAGCUCAAAUGCUCCUUGUUGCAAACUACUCUCCAAGUACACAAACUGUUUAAAGGUGCUGGAGGAAUAUACAUAUUUUUUCUAUGGACGAUUGACAUAUCGAGGAUUUUUGCUUUUUUUCUUCCUUUCUUUCAUACAGAAUUCAUUCAUUCUUCCCAUAUAUUUGCAUUUUAAAGAAAAACUUGUUCUUGUGGAUUUUUGUUUGUUGGAUUGUUUUGGAACAGACUUUCGGAUAAAAUUACGGUCUACGGUAAACAAAAUGCCUUAAUAAACAUUCUCCAACUUCAUGGAUUCCUCAGAAAUCAAUGUCAGUCUAGAAACUAUGGGCUUGUACAGACUUCCACAGCUGAAGUAUCCUAAGGGCUUCCCUCUUAACUGCACCGAUGCCUUUCCGUGUAUGAUUUCUACCAAAUCAGAAAGACUUUAGUACAGUCUUGUCAAUGUGAUUACAUACGUGUGAAUAUGUAUUUUGUACAUUUAUAUUUGUUAGAAUGGGUUAUGGCAGCAGGCUAAGAGGAAAGCAUUUGUAAACAAUGCGAUGGGAAUUCUCUGCCUGAAGGUCAGAUGAUUGUAAAGUUAAAAAAAAGAGGAAAACCAUUAUUGUAUAGAAAGCAAACAGCUUUUGAUGUAGCUUCUUUUUUCUAUCCCGGCUGGUCCUCGUGUAUCUGAUGAUGCAAUGAACUUCACCUCCACUGUAAAGGAUCUGAUUGGUGCACGCGAGUCAAAGCAGUAGUGGGGUAUGUUGACUUUUGGAGUGAAUUUUUUUUGCUUUAUAUUUUUUCUAAAAACUAUAUUUUUUAUAAGUGGCUGACAAUAAUAAUUAUAAUAUAAGAAAAAAGCUACACACGUUGGACGGUCCUUGUUUUUUUUGCAUUUGUGUAUCCCGAACAAAUCCUUUUGUGUACAAAUAGAAAUGGUGCAGUAUAUUCUGUAAAAAAAAACAUAACUGCAUUAUUAGUCAUAUUUCUGCUUUAAUGGUGCAUUUAUCAUAAACUUUGACAUGUCUGACUGCAAAAACCAAUGAAGCAAAUGGGUGAAUGGCAAAUGUUUCACAGCAGCCUAAAUAAAAAGUUCUUAGCAGAAGAGUUCGCUUGCACAAACUUAA